CUGGCCACAACAGCAGCCCUGUUCUUUUCAGUUCAUUUAAUUUAUUCUCCCAAAGCAAAAAAAAACCAAAACAACAACAACUAAUUUCUCUAGCAUUCUCUGGCCACUGGCUGGCUCACAACAUCACAACAUUGGUUGGCCGGCACUACAGUGCUGCUUCUGUCUGAUUAACAGGAACCAGAAAAGAGAGAGAGAGAGGGAGAGAGGGAGGGUGUCAGACACAUUCGAUAAACAGUGAGCUUUCUCCUUUCUAAUUGAGAAACCAAGACAGGGUUUGUCUUGUUUUUUCGUUUUUUUUGUUUUUUUUUGCAGGGAAGGAACAGAAGACUCUCCUGCUGUGUGGAAUGAGCUGGAGUGGUUGCCGCAGCGUUAGGCCUUGUUUUAUUACAAACAAGCCCUAGGACACAGAAAGGAGUUCCUUGAACUUUGCUCCUGUUUGGACACACACACAGAUAGCUGUUUCGCUGGAUUUCUGAGGCCCUGAUAAGCUUUGUUUGUUUUUUACAAUCUUCCGGAGAGAGCUGUGCUCGUUGGAGACUAAAAGAAGGCAGUCUUCAGUUAUUGCUCUGUUCUGUGGUUCUCAGAACUGACCUGGAAGACAAAAAGAAAACUGAAAAAGGGGAGAGGAAGUUUGGGUCCUGCUCUGCAGUGCAACUUUUCACAGAGGAUUUUUUGACAAUAAACCACAGUGGAAAAAUGGAGGCAGAAUUUUUGUCCUUCAUGUUUUUCUAAAGGCAAAAACUUCCUGGAGAAAAAGAAAAGUUUUUAAUUUUUGUGGAAAAAACAGCCUUUCUUGUUGAGUGAGAAAGGGGUGUAGUAAACCGAUACUGUCUUCUGUCAGAUUUCAAGAUACUGCUUUCCCCCUCUCACAGAAGGAACUGGUUUGACUCGUUCGUCAGAGCUUGGCUUAACCCUGUUGAACCCUUUCUUGCUUUUGUUCAGUUGAGAGGAACUUUGCUGGGGUUGUGCAAUUUAGUGUAAUUUAUUGUUUCCUGUGAAAAGCAGUUUAUGCCUGUUCCUUACACUGGGAACCUGUUGUGCUUGAACUGCGGAGGUUAGGGGCGGUGAGCUGCAAAGGAGGCUGGCUAAGUGACUGCACUUUGGAUCUGGCAAAAUAAGGACGUUGGCUUAAGUGGUGGUUUGCUUGUGUGUACUCUUGGCAGCAAGACUGAAAAGCAUGUGGCUUUAGGGAAACUGCUCUGCCUUACCCUUAAAUAUAGUUUUUAGCUGUUGUGUGUGUAUGUGUGCGUGCGUGUGAGUGCGCGUGUCUGGCUUCCUGGUGUGUUUGGUAUUUAAAGACUGCAAGCUUUGUUUAUCCAGAGUGAUCUCUUCCUGAUCUGAGCAGCAUGUGUGCAGUUAGGCACCAGCGGUAAGCUAGGGGGAGGUUAGAGGACUCUUAACUAUGGUGCAUUAAGAGCAUCUGGGGAUUUGAACACAAGGGCAGUUUAGUACCGCCAGUCUUACAUUUUGCACCACAGGAUUAGACACUAGCUUGGGUCAACUGAGACUUCAGCUGGUGCUGUACACCUCUAGUUUGGACAGCAACUAAAAGGAGAACUGAAAAGCCCAGUAGCUGCAGGGAACAUCCCCCCCCCCCCCCCCCCCCCCUCCAGUUUGGACUCAGAGCGGUAUGGCAAUGGUGAGCGGGGGAUGGGGCGACCCAAACGGAGAGACCAACGGCCUGGGAGAGAAGGGCUACGUGCGGGAAGAUGAGGAGGGGUCCCCCCAGGCCGGGGGCAGCGAUGCGGAGGCCGUGGUGGACGACAGGGGCUGUGCGGUGGACUGCGGAGUCUGUGGGGACAAGUCGAGCGGGAAGCACUACGGCGUGUUCACCUGCGAGGGCUGCAAAAGCUUCUUCAAGAGGAGCAUCAGACGCAACCUCAGCUACACCUGCAGAUCAAACCGGGACUGCCAGAUCGACCAGCACCACCGGAACCAGUGCCAGUACUGCCGGCUCAAGAAGUGCUUCCGGGUUGGGAUGCGCAAAGAAGCCGUCCAGAGGGGUCGCAUCCCUCCGUCCCACUUGGGAAUCAGCCCCACAUCCACCCCAGGGGGGGACUUCUUGAACGGGCAGCCGGUCUCGGAGCUCAUCUCCCAGCUCCUGCGGGCCGAGCCCUACCCCAGCGGGCGCUACGGCUCCCAGUACAACCCGCAGCAGGGGGGCAGCGUGAUGGGCAUCGACAGCAUCUGCGAGCUGGCGGCGCGGCUGCUUUUCAGCACCAUCGAGUGGGCGCGCAGCAUUCCCUUCUUCCCCGAGCUGCCCGUGUCAGAGCAGGUGGCACUGCUGCGACUCAGCUGGAGCGAGCUGUUCAUCCUCAACGCUGCCCAGUCCGCCCUGCCCCUGCACAUGGCCCCCCUGCUGGCCGCGGCCGGCUUUCACUCCUCCCCCAUGUCCGCGGAGCGUGUCGUGUCAUUCAUGGACCAGGUGCGGGUGUUCCAGGACCAGGUGGAGAAGUUGAGUCGCCUGCAGGUUGACUCGGCCGAGUACAGCUGUCUCAAAGCCAUCGCGCUCUUCUCCCCAGACGCCUGCGGGCUCACAGACCCGGUUCACGUGGAGAGCCUGCAGGAGAAGGCCCAGGUCGCUCUGACGGAGUAUGUGAGGGCUCAGUACCCGGGGCAGCCCCAGCGCUUCGGCCGGCUGCUGCUCAGGCUGCCCGCGCUUCGAGCCGUGCCCGCAUCCCUCAUCUCACAGCUCUUCUUCAUGAGGCUGGUGGGCAAGACGCCCAUCGAGACCCUGAUUCGAGACAUGCAGCUGUCUGGCAGCUCCAUCAGCUGGCCCUACGCCCCGGGGCAGUAACCUGAGGGGGGUGGGAGGAGCUGCACCAGGGCAAUGUCAAUAUAGAUACACUUCGGCACAGCGGUGCAUUAACUACACUGCUUUUAGUUUAUAGUGGAGGAGAGUGUCUGUUAUAAAUGCAAUUCCUUGGUUUGUGUUAAUCGCAUCUUCUUUAGCCUUCUGUCAGCUCUAAGCUGUAUCAGACAGAAAGACUUCAAUACUAACAGUAAAACCAUUUGUCUGCUACAUUCCCUAAUUGUACUUUCUGAAGCCUACCUCACUU